UGGGCCUCACUGAAAUCCCCGUCUCUCCCUCUCUCCUCCUGCUUCGUUUCCCACGGCCUGCUGCUGCGUCCCGAUCCCCAGGAGGUGGAGGAUGAUUACAUCAAGAGCUGGGAGGACAGUCAGCAAGGAGAUGAAGCCCUGGACACCACCAAGGACCCCUGCCAGAAGGUGAAGUGCAGCCGUCACAAGGUGUGCAUCGCCCAGGGUUUCCAGCGGGCCAUGUGCAUCAGCCGCAAGAAGCUGGAGCACAGGAUCAAGCAGCCUGCCCUGAAGCUCCACACCAACAAAGAUCCCGCCUGCAAGCCCUGCCACAUGGCCCAGCUGGCUUCCGUCUGCGGCUCCGACGGCCACACUUACAGCUCCGUGUGUAAGCUGGAGCAGCAGGCCUGCCUGAGCAGCAAGCAGCUGGCCGUGAGAUGUGAGGGCCCCUGCCCCUGCCCCACGGAGCAGGCCACCGGCUCCACCACAGAUGGCAAAGCAGAGACCUGCACGGGUCAGGACCUGGCCGACCUGGGGGAUCGACUGCGGGACUGGUUCCAGCUCCUCCAUGAGAACUCCAAGCAGAAUGGCUCAGCCAGCAGCGGAGGCGGCCUGGCCAGUGGCCUGGACAAGGUCCUGGGCGCCAGCUGCAAGGACUCCAUCGGCUGGAUGUUCUCCAAGCUGGACACCAGUGCCGACCUCUUCCUGGACCAGACGGAGCUGGCCGCCAUCAACCUGGACAAGUACGAGGUCUGCAUCCGCCCUUUCUUCAACUCCUGCGACACCUACAAGGACGGCCGUGUCUCCACCGCCGAGUGGUGCCUCUGCUUCUGGAGGGAAAAGCCCCCCUGCCUGGCGGAGCUGGAGCGCAUCCAGAUCCAGGAGGCCGCCAAGAAGAAGCCAGGAGUCUUCAUCCCGAGCUGCGACGAGGACGACCGGUAG